AAGGACGUACUGGUCUUUUGGCUAGACAAGGGCGUAGAUGGGUUCAGAAUUGACGCAGCUCCCUAUUUGUUCGAACAUGCCGAUUUUCAAGAUGCACCGCCGCCUGAUAAUGUGUCACGUAGUUAUGUUCAGAAUCAACCAGAAACGUAUGAUAUGAUUUAUCAAUGGCGACAAGUUAUUGACGAUUACAAUAAACAGAACGGCGGAGAUACCAGGGUACUCAUGACCGAGGCAUACACCCCUAUAAACAGCACUAUGCUCUACUAUGGUAAUGAAACAGUCGAUGGAGCUCAUUUUACUUUCAAUUUCUAUCUGAUAAUCAAUACUACAAAUAACAGUACUGCCAACCAGGUCGUUUCAGUAAUAAACACAUGGUUUCAAAACAUGCCAAGAAGAUUUGUAGCUAAUUGGGUGUUGGGUAAUCACGACAGACAUAGAGUAGCCACCCGUCAAGGGGUUGAAAAUGUGGAUGGAUACAACAUGUUGAUAACCCUUCUACCGGGUAUAGCUAACACUUAUAAUGGAGAAGAAAUUGGAAUGGAAGACGGAGAAGUAACAUGGGAAGAAGGACAAGAUUCAAUAGCAUGCCAGUCAGCCAGGGAAAACUUCCAGAGUACAAGCAGAGAUUUUCAGAGGACUCCGUUCCACUGGGACUCUACGGUUAACGCAGGAUUUAGUACAGCGAAUAAAACUUGGCUGCCAGUCAGUUCAAAAUAUAGAACAAACAAUCUUGAACUACAAAGUAGAGACGGGGUAAAAAGUCACUUCCAUAUCUACCAAGAUCUAAUGAAAUUGAGGAAAGAAAACACUUUCAUUUUCGGAAACUUGAACAUAGAGGUUUUAGAUACUAAUGUUUUUGCAUUUACAAGGGAAUUGGAUGGUAACGACACCUACGUUUUUAUAUUUAAUAACGGAUAUAAUUCUGCCACUGUGUCAUUAUCUUCGUUUAAAUCUAUCGCUGACUGUGCGGACGUUAGAGUAGUUCUAUCCAGUACCAACUCAUUGAGAAACAAAGGGUAAGAUGUG